GUCAAAGAUGUCCUAUAGCUUUUUAUCUAAAGAUCUAAUUGAAUCUAAGACUAUUGCACAAGAAACUAGGCAACAGGUCUUAGAAAGACUAGCUGCUGAAAAAGACAGGCUAGAUGCGAUAGAAUUUGAAGAAAAUAAAGGAAACCCCAUUCUCUGCCUUCCCAUGAGUGAAGACAUGAAGUAUGAACUUGAACGAUACAAUAGAAAGCUCAAGAGAGAAGCUAGAAGAGGAGGUCGUAAAAGAAAAUCAAGGUUUACAACCGCAGCUCCUCCUUCACCCAAACCAGAGAUGCCUGUUGAAGAAACUAAAAUUGAAGAAGUAAUUUCUGCAGCUCCUCAGAUAGAGAAGAGGAAAUGGAACCCCCUCCUUGAUGGUUGCAGAUCUAUAGAAGAAUAUGAGCCACUUAAUAAAAUCGACGAAGGAUCUUACGGUAUCGUCUUCAGAGCUAGAGAGAAAGAUACAGGUAAAAUUUACGCAAUUAAGAAGGUCAAACUUGAAAGAGAAAAGGAAGGAUUCCCAAUCACUGCUUUAAGAGAAAUCGUACUUAUGAUGAAAAUCAGGCAUGAAAAUAUCUGCCAAGUCAAAGAAGUUGUGUUUGGCAAUUCCUUAGAUAAAGUCUAUGUUGUCUUAGAAUAUGUCGACCAUGAGAUAAAAAGCUUGAUCCAACAGAGCUAUGAUGCAAUGAUGCUUGCGAGUAAAGGAGAGCAUUCCCAAAGUUCAUACAUGCUUUCUACCGUUGAGAUUAAGUGAAUCAUGGAACAACUUUUGAAAGGAGUUGAACAUAUGCACAGACAAUGGAUUAUUCACAGAGAUCUUAAGACAAGUAACCUUCUUAUUAGCAACAAUGGGAUACUAAAGAUCUGUGAUUUUGGUCUUGCUAGAAUGUUUUCAGACCCUCCUACCCCUUACACAGACUUAGUAGUAACUCUCUGGUACAGGGCUCCUGAAAUAUUACUCGGUAAGGAAAAAUAUGAUGGAAGAGCAGUUGAUAUGUGGAGUGUUGGGUGAAUUAUGGCAGAACUUCUUCUUAAAGAACCCCUCUUCAUGGGAACUAAUGAGCUUGAACAGAUUGAUAAAAUUUUUAAAAUUAUGAGUAUUCCCACAGAAGAGACUUGGAAAGGAUGGAGAAGUUUGAAACAUGCUAAAUUAAUCCAACCAGGAAAGAAAGGAUCAAAAAAUAAACUGAGAGAUAAAUUUCCAAAAAUGGCACUCGAGGAGAAUGAUAUGUAUCUUUCUGAUCUUGGAUUAGAUCUGAUGCUGAAAAUGCUAACAUAUGAUCCAGAUAAAAGAAUCUCUGCAAAAGAUGCAUUAAACCAUCCUUGGUUUAAAGAAUAUCCAAAAGGAUGAGAGCCAAGCAGAAUGCCCAAAUUGAUGGCAACAAAUGAUGUUCCAAGAGAUCACAGCAAGAAAAGAAGGAUGAAAAGUCUUGACAAAGAGCAGCAGAGGCAAAGAGAAGAGAUGUAUGAGAAUGACCACCGGUUUGACAUUCAUCAAAACAUGGCUUAUUACAAGAACUAA